AUGAGUGCCGUGGCCACUGAGGACCAGGACAUGUUUUGUGAGAAGGCUGUGGCCCUCAUUGUUGACCUCUGCCUUGAUGACAGCCCUCUUCUGGAUGCGGAAACCUGUCAGGAUUUCCUGGUGCUUCUGACCAAUGAAAACCCCAACAUCUCUACUACAGACAUUUCCUUCAGUCUCCUGCUGCUUGUAUUUGGGGUGUGCGGUUUGGCCCUGCUGGGUGUCAUCAGCGUCGCCACCUGGAAGCUGUGCUGGGUGCCCUGGCGCAGCAAAGUGCUUUCCUCUAGCGCCACCGCCCUUGCUCCCACCCGGCCAGAGAGAGAACAACCCAGAGAAGAAGGUCACGGUGACUACUACCCAGCCCUCAGAGACAUUAUGGCAGCAGACAAGCUGAAGGAUCCUGGGAACUUUCUGGAGGCGGCAGUGAAGAUUAGUCAUACGUCGCCAGAUAUCCCCGCAGACGUGCAGCUGUCCAUGAAGGAUCAUCUGCUGAGACGGACGCGUAUCUCACGGCAAACAACCGAGCCGGCCUCCUCCAACAGGCAUAGUUCCUUCAAGAAGCACCUUCCCAGGCAGAUGCACCAUGUCACCAGUCUGGACCGCGGAAGUGAAUUUUUAGACGUGGAGGACCAUCCCACUUGCACCGCUGCCUCUCUUGGACGCAUCCAACCGGAACUCUAUAAACAGAGUACAGUGGAAGCAGAGGAGUUGUCUAAAAAUGACACUGACAAAUCAUGCGGCAAGAUCAACUUCUCCCUAAAGUACGAUUAUGAGGGAGAGCUUCUCCUCGUCACUAUCCUCAAGGCAUUCGAUCUACCUGCGAAGGAUUUGUGCGGGAGUUCCGAUCCAUACGUCAAGAUCUACCUGCUGCCUGACCGCAAGCGUAAAUUCCAAACCCGUGUUCACCGCAAGACGCUCAACCCCACGUUUGAUGAAACCUUUCAGUUUCCAGUCCCAUAUGAGGAGCUGGGGUCCAGGAAACUCCACUUGAGCGUUUUUGACUUUGACCGCUUCUCACGGCACGACAUGAUUGGUGAGGUGAUCCUGGAAAACCUUUUUGAAGUUUCAGACCUCUCGCGAGAGACGUCCAUCUGGAAGGACAUCCAGUACGCCACUAGCGAGAGUGUGGAUCUGGGAGAGAUAAUGUUCUCUCUCUGCUACUUGCCAACUGCAGGGAGACUCACACUUACUGUCAUCAAAUGUAGGAACCUCAAAGCCAUGGAUAUUACCGGUUAUUCAGAUCCGUACGUGAAGGUUUCGCUGAUUUGUGACGGGAGACGCUUGAAAAAGAAGAAAACGUAUAAAAAGAACACGCUGAAUCCAACAUAUAAUGAGGCGAUCAUCUUUGACAUUCCCCCGGAGAAUAUGGAUCAAGUCAGCUUACACAUAUCGGUUAUGGACUACGAUCUAGUGGGACAUAAUGAGAUCAUUGGAGUCUGUCGUGUAGGGAUCCAUGCCGAGGGACUUGGAAGAGACCACUGGAAUGAGAUGCUGGCUUACCCUCGAAAACCUAUCGCCCACUGGCACCCACUUGUGGAGCCCAAGAAGUCUGAGAAGGAGUGGAAGGCUCGCACCGCAAGCUUUGACAGCCAGGGCUCGUGUCCAUCUCCCAGACUCCCUUCAAGUCCAUAAAAAAGGGACAGCCUUUCUCUUCGACUUCAAGCCAAGUAUCUCCCAAGUAUCUGGAGAGAUUCGAGAAAUGUCCUUAGACGACAUGUGACACAACUUAUGUCUGUGUGGACAUGCAGCGGGAAGCGGGAGUGCAUCCUAGCCAAGUUCUAGCUUUUGUUGUGCUUGGAUUGAAGUGUUGCUUUACUACAUUGGGUAGAUCCACAAGCCACAACUCAAUGAGGUUGAAAAAUACACUUCAAGAUGAAUUUAAGCACCGUAAAAGGGUGUAUUUGCUGAUGAAUAGUGUAAAACUUGUAGAUGUAAAUUAUAUUUUAUCUGACAUUCUAAUAGUAUGAAGAUAUAGUUUAUUAUAUAUUUAGCCAUUACUUCCUUCCUGUUAAUUUGUCUUGUGUUUAAAGAUUUGUUUGGCUGGAAAGAUAUAUGAAGUCCUCGGUGAUAUAAAUUGUAUAUGGUUUACAUGCGGAUCUGAGUAAUUCCAUUGAUCUUCCUUUUGUUUGUGAAGUAGUGAAUCUGUUCUGCCACCAAAAACACCAACGCCAAGAAUCAUUUGUAUUCUGUCUACAAAUAUCUCAUCAUCCGUGUAAAG